AUGAAGUUCACCAUCACCACCGUCUUGGCCGCUGCCCUCGCUUCCACCGCCCUUGCAAACAAUGUCAGCUGUGUCCGUCAGCGUGGGACCAAAGGAGAACAUAUCGUUGGACUCAAAGGUGCUGUCCUGGCAUACGGUGGACAGUACCGCGUCUCCGGCUCGGGAAGCUCCCAAUUCGCUACCUUUGGAAGCGCCAAGUUGACCAUGCGCCGCACCGGUUCCCACCCCUCUUCGCAAAGCUAUACCGACGCCACUACUGUCGCCAACAAGAUCCAAGAAAUCAUCGACUGCUGCUACGACCACGGAUACACUGAGUGUGCUGGCAAUGGCGAUAUCCAAUCCUCUUCCGAUAAGGGCCCUAUCAAUGUCAAUGUUACCCACAAUUAA